AUGGAAUAAAAUAUUACUUGUUAAGCAUAUCCAGCCUUUGAAGAAAAAUAAAACAAAGAAUUACCAUAAUAAUAUCAAUAUCCAAAAGAAUAAAACAAUAUUCCUGUUGGUUAUCCAAACUAAUAAUACAUACCAAUCUAAUAAUAAUAGCCUUUUAUGAGUAUUAUUUAAAUUUAAUUUAGGUCCUCAAUAAGUAGUCUUAUAACCUAUAGUUAUCUAAUAAGUGAGAAGAACAAAUGCUGAAGGUUGUUCAUAUCCAACAGAUAUUUUGUGCCCUUAUUGUCAAAAACCUGUUUAGACUCUUAUUGAAUAUCAAUCAGGAUGUAGUACAUGGCUAGCUUGUUUGUUGUUGUUUUUGUUUUUCUUGCCAUUGUUCUUUUUGCCAUUUUGUUUUGAUGAAUGCUAAGAUAAAAUCCAUAAAUGUCCAAAUUGUGGAAAGAAAGUUGGAAAGAAAAAGUACAAAUUAUGUUGUUGA